AAUGAUUCCAUGCCAGAAACAGGGCUAUUCUCCGGAUACAUGCUAUGCCUGAGGGCUCAAAAUCUAAGAUAUGUAAUAUGUAAAUAGAAAAUUUAGGUAUUUAGAUAUUAUCAGGUUUACGACCACGUAAAAAUAGCUACAGAAUAGUACGUUGAUAUCACAUGAAAGUGUUGGAUAUCAUACUGUACAGGUGCACUCCUUUAUAAUAGAAACCGAUAUACAUUCCACAGUGAGAAAAAGUAAAUAUCAAGCAAAUCAUGUCAGCCAUGUAUUUACAUAACUCUACAAGGCACAGGUGGCUAUUAUCGACGCCGUUCACGUGGUCGAGCGGCACACAGCCGACAUGUGGAUUGUCAGUCAACCAGCACGGGGCCAGAUUACCAGGUAACCACUACACUGCCAGGAAAGGUGUAUCUACAGCCCAAACAUAUAAAGGUGAUGAUAUAGGCUUACAUACUGGGGGAGGGUUAAAUAGGCAACUCGGACGACUGAGACAAAGGGCUCUGGAACGUGGGGAAAUAAGUCCUGCAAUGGAUGAAAUGCUUAAGAGGGAGUUGGAAGGAAGACGACGCCCCAGAACAUUCAAUAAGCUACCUAUUGCUAAAGAGUCGUUUAUAGUGGAGAAAGGUCUCGGAACCACCUACUGGCCGGUUCCACUGACAAUAAGGCCAUCAAAUACCGGUCAGUUUCAUAAUCUUUUGCUCGACGCCGCGAAAACACCCGUCAGGAAAACUAGGAAAGCAAAGCUCACGAGUACGAAGGAGAUCGAGCAGGUGCUCUCGCCAGUGCUGAAGGGGAGAGACCGUGCCAAAGCUGCAACUGUUGUAGACUCUGUCACGAACAGCUUAAUUAUGGACCGCAAGAGCAGUGCGGGCGACAGUAGUUUCCUGCAGACAUGGGACGAUCGCUUGGCCACAGUGGUGCGCGAGUGUGAGACCCACUCGCGGUCAGACCUGGCGCAACAAGUGCUGGCCAAGUGUAGCAAGCAAGAGAUGGGCACUCUGGGUAGCGUACGGCAGUCGCGGUUUAUACCGUAUGCUGAGCAUAUAAGGGGCUUGUUGGCCCGGGAUGAGCAGGCGGAGGCCUUGCAGGUGUUGGCAGAUUUGUACAGGACGAAUCAUUAUAUAACCAGCUGCUGUUUCGAGCCCAUCAUCCAUUACUAUAGCAGCCGGGGUGAUCGCGAGGGGAUUUUGAACUCGAUGAACAUGGUGGAACAAUUAGGAGGAAGUUUCAACACAACUAUGCUGAACUCCGUAAUAGAAGGCUUUCUGAGAGAAUCCUCCGACGGACUUCUGGCGAAUAAUUUCGACACCAUCCUGCCGUCAUUGCUCCAGACUAUCGGUGCUCAUUAUGCAGACACGAACAGUCUGCAGUUGCUUCUAAACAAAUGCCAAAAUGGGAAGGACUUGAACUUCGCCACCAAAAUCUUGGGAUUGGGCGUCUACACUAACGGGAAUUUGGAAUACCUGACGAUGUACAUACUCAAUUGGUCCUUCUAUAACCCACAAGCCGCACUAUACACCGCAUAUACUACUCUGGAUAUGGUCUUGAGACGAAGAACGAAUUUAGACGGCGGGGAGUCCAUGAACAUGAUCAUGGCGAGAGGGGUGGAGUUGGGGAGAGAUUCCUGGGCGUACCGAGCCCGACUCAAACCGGCGUUUGACAGGACGUGCAUAUGGCCCUCCACUGUGCAGCGGAUGGUGGUCCACCACGCACACGCCGGUGAGCAAGCGGGCGUGAUGUCCAAGUGGCGUUUGCUACAGCUUGUACGCUCGCAGAUCCGCGCAUAUCCGCAAUCACAGGCUGACGCGCAGCGGGAGACGGAGGCGGCGUUCGUGAAGAAUGCACACCCAGGAUUCGUCGAAAAGAUAGAUCCAGUAUCUCAUAGCCGUAUACACUCUCAGAACCGUGAUGACAAAGAACAUGCACUUCCCGAUGGCACAGAUCCAAGCGUGUGGACCGAUGAAAACGCAGCGGCACUGGGCGACAUAGAUACAGCACCUCUAGUCAAGGACGAUGGGGCACUUCAUGGUGACGAGGAUUCAGGGACCACGCACCCACGCAGAAGGCGCCUACUUCGCUCAGACUUUACACCUCUGUUGGCUGAGGAGGAUGGAGUGGGUGCCGGGGUCAGUGAUGCGGUUUGUUUCUUGAAGGCGAUGGGUUUGUUGGGUGACAUCAAUGUCUUGGACAGGUACUCAACGAAUGUAAGGGCGUCUGUGGAAGUGGUUGAUCACGAAAUCCAAAGUGCGCUCAUCGGCGCCUAUCUGAACAAUAAUCUAUUUGACGCGGCCUUAUCCCUCACCAAAGCGUUCAUCACAAGAAACAAGCCGACAUCCGCAACCGGUACAUCCAAGGCUGGCGCAAACAAAUCAAAGGGAAAGGAAUCAAGCACGCAAAAACAUGGUAGCGUCAGUAAGUCAAAAAGCAUGAAGACCGAUGUAUCGAAACAGGUAAAUCCCGUCGAUGGUAGGUAUAAUGUGAACACGCGGCUUGUAAACGAGCUACUGAUUGGCGGAGCGGGAGAGCAGACAGGGGAUGCUGCCCUGGAACGCGUUGCACGAGUGGUGGAGAUGUGCACGCAGAUGGGAGUGGACACGGAUGAGCUGGUAGAUACGACUAUUCUUAACAUUAGGAACCGGAGUGAGGAGGAUAAUUCUGCGGCAGUGGAGAAUGAGACAUGAUGUCUUCUGGACAAGAAGUAAAUGCCUGGUUACUCGUAGACUCGAGAGCUAUGCUUAAGAACUGAUGUUUCAUACUCUCUAUUCCAAGGCAAGCGAGAAGCACUGAUGCAAACGGCCAUUAAUCCAGUGGCCAGGCACUCUUGGCUUACAAUCAAAUCUGAGCGUCAGCCAGGACCAUUCGCAAUGUUCUCAAAAGCUUGCCGAGAUACGCUUCGAUGAGGUUAGAGCAAUGUCUUGAAACUAUAGGACGUUCACGUAGUCGAAUCUGUACUGAUUUAAUGCAUAUGUACACAUAUGACUUCGUUUUUCACAAUAGGAAAUUAUGUAAGCAAGCAAUUCUAGACACAUAUAUAAGUAGUAGCACUCAACAUCGUGCAUCAAAUUUCUGCUAGAGCAAAUGCCUUGGACGAACAAUGAGGUCGGCUGGUCUCUUUUGAAAUAUGCGGCUCUUUUAAGCACGCUAUUUUGGAAGCAGAAUAAUUUUAAGCCUCAAAUUACAGUGAGUUGUAG